CAAAACUUAUCAUUAUCCUUUCUAAUAAUAAAACAAAAAAUAUUCCUAAAUGGGUCAUUACUCAUUAGAUUAGAGGUGAUGUCUUUUCCUCUUAACCAAAAAAAGAUUAGUUGUCAUGUUAAAAUAAACCUCAGAAAGUUUAGGUUUGCAUGUCUGUCCUAUAAUGAUAAUGAUAUGGACUUGCCUGAUGACUCGUUGUCUCUGACAUCGAGCUUAACUAUCGGCGAGGCGCUCUGCGCGGUCUGCAUACCGUUAAUCGGAAUCGUCGAAGCUUUGUUUUUCGGGUUAGCUGGUUGCUUCGAUUUCCAUCGUGGAACCAACAAGGUCAACAACAACAACAACAACAAAAUCUCUUGUUCCUUCCACGAUUUUCUUACCCUCGCCAAAAACUCUCCAUUUACGGUUAAUGAAAUUGAGGCGUUGUAUGAGUUGUUCAAGAAAUUGAGUAGUUCAGUCAUUGAUGAUGGUCUCAUUCAUAAGGAAGAGCUCACACUGGCAUUGUUGAAGACCUCAACUGGCAAGAAUCUUUUCCUUGAUAGGGUGUUUGAUCUAUUUGAUGAGAAAAGAAAUGGCGUUAUAGAAUUUGAGGAGUUUGUGCAUGCUCUCAGUGUCUUUCAUCCUCAUACGCCUUUGGAGAAGAAAAUUGAUUUUGCUUUCAGAUUGUAUGACUUGAGACAAACCGGAUACAUUGAACGAGAAGAAGUUAGACAAAUGGUGGUUGCCAUUUUGUCAGAAUGUGGCAUGGAUCUAGAAGAUGAAGUCCUUGAAAGCAUUAUUGAUAAGACAUUUCAAGAUGCUGACACCGAUGGGGAUGAUAAGAUAUGUAAAGAAGAAUGGAAGGAAUUUGUCCUGCGGCAUCCAACACUCUUGAAGCACCUGACUCUUCCUGAUCUGAAGGACAUCACCACAGUAUUUACCAGUUUCAUUUUCAACACUGAAGUUGAUGAUUCCCACUGGCAACUCAACAACAAUCAUAAACACUAAGGAGGAGGAGGAGGAGCUUCUUCUGUUGCAUUAGUGGUUGCUAUUCUGAGAGUUAUAUUCUGGCGGUACCACUCCAUCAAUGUUCAUUCCGAGCAGAGAUAAUUCAUGGAAGUGGACAAACCCACCAACCCUUAAGCAAAGGGGUGUUCUUGAAUCUGAUCCAAACCGAGCAGUCCAGUUAAAUUAGAUCAAAUAUUGCACUAACAGUGUAAAAGUUUUGCAUAGUCAUUCAAUUAGAUACCAUUAAUUUGCCGUGUCACUAUUAAAUUUGAAUUAAAAAUAUUUAAAGUGGAAUAUGAAGAGAUGUGAUUGGAAGCAUGUGUAGAACUUUUCCACUGAGGGUCAAUGCAUAUGUUUAUUAAUUAUUGUACACCUUAAGUGUAAAAAUUUUCUUGUAAAUAUCAGAAAAUCAUUUGAAAAACUGAAAAUAAAUAUGAUGUGUUUAUGGAAAUA